AUGACUACCGCUGCCCAGGUCCCCCCCGCCAGCGUCACCCAGGCCCCUGUGGCCGCUGCUCCUGAGAAGAAGCUGAAGCCCUGCUGCGCUUGCCCCGACACCAAGAAGGUCCGCGACCUCUGUGCCCUCGAGAAUGGCCCGGACUCGCCCCUGUGCAACGACGUCAUUGAGGCCCACAAGGCCUGCAUGCGCCUGGCUGGCUUCAACGUCUAG